CGCCCUUUAUGACAAACGAUGAAACGCGCUUGACGGCACGCGUUUUGCAGGCAGCCCAUUGUGUUCUUCUUCCCUAUUCCUAUAGUCCUAUUUCUCUCUCUCCCCAUCUUUAGCUCUCGAUUGUUUCUCCUAUUUUUGGACAAACAUCAUUAUCAGCCUCUAAAUUUCGCUAUUUCACGGUUUAGAUUGCCAGGCAUGGUUCAAAUAAAGGAAUUCCGAAUUGUGAUGCCCAUGUCGUUGGAAGAGUAUCAAAUAGCUCAGAUGUACAUGGUGACAAAGAUGCAGCAACAGAGUACAACUAGUAGUGAGGGUGUUGAAGUUUUGCAGAACAGACCCUUUGAAGAUGAUGUAUUUGGAAAGGGUCAAUACACUUCUAAAAUUUAUCGUUUGCAAAGCAAAGCACCGGCUUGGCUGACAACGUUUGCACCAGCCGAUGCACUUGUCAUGCAAGAGGAAGCAUGGAAUGCUUACCCAAGAUGCAAAACAGUAAUUAAGUGCCCUUAUUUUACCAGGUUUAGUCUAACUAUUGAUACAAUUCAUCUGGCGGACAGUGGGCAGUCAGAGAAUGUGCAUGGUUUAAGCAAGGAACAAUUAGCAGCUCGACAGGUAGAAAAUAUUGAUAUAGCUUCUACUGCAAAAAAUUAUUGGAGUUACGCAAUUGAAAGUAGCAAUGUUGACUUCUCCAAAUUUAAAUCAGCAAGAACUGGUCGAGGUCCGCUUCUCGAGGGAUGGCAGGAAAGAUGUGGUCCAGUAAUGACAGCAUAUAAAUUGGUGACAAUAGAUGCACCAUACUGGGGCUUUGGUUAUCGUCUUGAACAAGCUUUACUGGAGGGUGAAAAGGCACUUUUCCUAGAAAGUCACCGAAAUUGUUUCAGUUGGAUCGAUGAAUGGUUUGGCAUGACAAUGCAACAAAUACGUGAAAUUGAACUCCAAAGUGAUUCUUCAUUUAACGAUAAAGUAGUUGGCAAGCUGACUUUGAUGGCAAAACCAAAUUCUUGUGACCAGAGAUUUUCCAUGGACAGUGCUAAAACACACAGCAAGAUGUCUCCGCUUGAUUCUGAGAAGCAUGAACUGGUAGUUGAUACAGAAGCAUGAAAUACAUUCCCCCUCAGAUAUACGUGUGUUGCUUAGCGCACGCAACCAGGAUACAGUAGAACCCCCUCCCCCACAUUGGCUUCCAUUGUUGGAACCCUUGUUGCUAGAGUGCUUAUAGGGUUUUGAUUCUUUUUUAACCGCCCCUGUAUUUUGUAUAUUAGAUUCACUAGUAAUCUUGUCUUGUAGAUUUGGUUCAACAACCGCAUCCUCCAAUAUACUUGCUCUAGUGCUUAUGGCUGGAUGGCUUGGAUGGCUGGAAAGAUGACUGAUUCAUGGUGUCAUUCCUACGCACCCUCAGCUUCAAUUUCAAAUAAGUCUCAGAUUGUCGAAUAAAUGUGAUAUUUCAUGAA